AUGGUGGCGCUUAUAACGGGCGGCAGGGGCUUCUUGGGGUCCCUGCUGGCCAAGGCGAUUGCGGGAGGCGCACUGGCGGAGGGGCGCGCGGAAGGGGGUGGCGGAGCGGAGUCCAGCGCGGAGCGGGAUCUCAUUAAUGGCGCAAAGGGGGUGGCAGAGGAGAGAGUGAUAGCC